AUGAAACAAAAGAGGUCCAGGUGUCCACGCCUGAGAACCCUUGGAUAUUACCUCUCAGAAGGAUGGUGGCAUGCAUGCUGCAGUUGCUUGGGAACCAUAUUUUCAAAAUGUCGUCGCAAGAAAGACCUUCGGCCACGGACUAUUCAUUUAGGAAUGUCUCGUGGCCCUAUGGAAAAAUAUCCAAAAAAUGUUAUCAGAAACCAGAAAUAUAGUAUAUUAACCUUUAUACCAAAGGUUUUGUAUGAACAGUUCAAUUUUUUCUUGAACUUGUAUUUUCUUGUCAUGGCAAUAUCACAAUUCAUCCCAGAAGUCCGUAUUGGUUAUUUAUAUACAUACUGGGGUCCUUUGUGUUUUGUUAUCUUAGUGACUAUGAUUCGAGAAUGUUUGGAUGAUUACCGUCGUUACCGAAGAGAUAAGGAAGCAAAUUCCCAAUUGUACAAGAAACUCACAAGGGAUGGCUUGAAGUCCCUUCCCAGUUCCAAUAUUAAAGUUGGAGACUUAAUUACUGUUGAGAAGAACCAGCGAGUGCCUGCUGAUAUGGUGUUGAUUCGGACCACUGAAAAAGGAGGAGCUUGCUUCAUCCGUACAGAUCAGAUGGAUGGAGAGACAGAUUGGAAGUUACGACUGGCUCUACAGUCUUGCCAACAUCUUCCAUCUGAUGCACACCUCCUGGAUAUCACUGCACACAUCUAUGCAGAAAAACCCAGUAAAGAUAUACAUUCAUUUGUGGGAACGUUCACAAUGACUGGUGAAAAUGCUGCUGAAGACUCUUUAAGUAUAGAGAACACCCUCUGGGCUAACACUGUAGUGGCAUCAGGUACUGCAUUGGGUCUGGUCAUCUAUACUGGCAUGGACACACGUAGUGUCAUGAACACAUCACAACCUAAAAGCAAAACUGGAUUAUUGGACAUUGAGAUCAAUAAUCUGACUAAGGUGUUGUUCUUUGCUGUGGUUGUUUUAUCUCUUGUAAUGAUCAUUUUAAAGGGAUUUGGUGGUCCCUGGUACAGAUAUUUCUUCCGGUACAUCUUAUUGUUUUCUUAUAUUAUUCCUAUCAGUUUGCGGGUAAACCUGGACAUGGGGAAAGCUGCAUAUUCAUGGAUGAUCCAGAAAGAUAAGAAUAUCCAGGGGACUGUCGUGCGGAGUACUACUAUUGCUGAAGAAUUAGGACGAAUUAGUUACCUUUUAUCAGACAAAACUGGAACACUCACACAAAAUGAAAUGUUUUUCAAAAGACUUCAUCUUGGGACAGUAUCAUUUGCUGCUGAUACUAUGGAUGAGGUAGCAUCCCAUUUGAAAACUGGUUAUUUACAAGCAUCCCAGACAAGUACCAGUCUGCGUCACACUGGCCCAGUGCGUCGCACUGUGAUCACACGGUGUUAUGAAGCAGUGCGUGCCAUAGCUUUGUGUCACAAUGUCACUCCAGUAUAUGAGAAUGAAAAUGGAAUGGAUAACAGUUCUGAAACCGAAGUAGACCAACAGUCACACCAAAAAGUUGUUUACCAGGCUUCGAGUCCUGAUGAGGUAGCCUUAGUUAGCUGGACAGAAGAAGUUGGUUUAACGCUUGUGAAAAGAGAUCUUAACUCAUUGCAACUGCGAACACCACUAGGGACUCUGGUCAACUACCACAUAAUGCAAUUAUUUCCUUUCACAUCAGAAUCAAAAAGGAUGGGAAUCAUUGUUAAGGAAGUGCAAACUGGAGAAAUUACCUUUUACAUGAAAGGUGCUGACACAGUAAUGACAUCAAUUGUACAGUACAAUGAUUGGUUAGAAGAAGAAUGUGGCAACAUGGCUCGAGAAGGACUGCGUACAUUGGUCGUAGCCAAAAAGACUUUGACUGAAGAACAAUAUUUUGAUUUUGAAGCACGCUAUCACCAAGCAAAGAUGAGCAUUCAGGAUCGUAAUAUCAAAAUGCAGGCAGCUAUUGAGAGUUUAGAGCGAGAUAUGGAACUGCUGUGUCUUACAGGGGUUGAAGAUAAACUCCAAGAAGGAGUAAGACCAACACUGGAAUUACUCCGGAAUGCAGGAAUCAAGAUUUGGAUGCUGACUGGAGAUAAACUGGAGACUGCUACGUGCAUUGCCAAAAGUUCCAAGCUCAUUUCCCGCAACAUGGACAUUUAUACAUUUAAACGAGUAGACACCCGAGACGAGGCUCAUCUGGAAUUGAAUGCAUUACGUCGAAAGAAUGAUUCUGCACUUAUCAUCAGUGGUGAUUCCGUCCAGGUUUGUCUGCGUUAUUAUGAGCAUGAAUUUGUGGAAUUGGCUUGCCAGUGUCCCUGUGUUGUUGUCUGCAGAUGUUCACCCACUCAGAAGGCUGACAUUGUGAAGCUGCUUAAAAUGCAUAAUGGUAAAAUAGUCUGUGCAGUUGGUGAUGGUGGCAAUGAUGUCAGCAUGAUCCAAGCUGCUGAUGCUGGAAUUGGAAUUGUUGGAAAGGAAGGUAAGCAGGCUGCACUGGCUGCAGACUUCUCCAUUACUCAGUUUAGCUACAUUGGUCGCCUACUCAUGGUACAUGGCAGAAAUAGCUACAAACGUUCUGCUGCCUUGGCCCAGUUUGUCAUCCAUCGAGGUCUCAUCAUCUCCACUAUGCAAGCUGUCUUCUGUUCUGUCUUCUAUUUUGCUUCUGUCUCUUUGUUUCCAGGCUUCCUUAUGGUUGGCUAUGCCACAAUUUUCACCAUGUUUCCUGUUUUUUCAUUGGUGCUUGAUAAAGAUGUCUCUUCAGGUAUUGCCAUGACAUAUCCUGAACUUUAUAAAGAACUCACAAAGGGACGGUCACUCUCAUUCAAAACCUUUUUCCUUUGGGUACUAAUCAGUAUUUAUCAAGGUGGAAUAAUCAUGUAUGGUGCCCUGCUUUUAUUUGAGGAGGAAUUUAUCCAUGUAGUGGCCAUAACAUUCACGUCCCUCAUUCUCACUGAACUCCUAAUGGUGGCACUCACUAUCCACAUGUGGCAUUGGCUUAUGAUUCUUGCAGAGUUCUUCAGUCUUGGCAUUUAUGUUAUAGCUUUGGUUGUUCUCAAGGAUUUCUUUGAUGCAUCCUUUCUAAAGACUGGCAGUUUUAUUUGGAAAGUGGUUGUAAUCACAUCAGUCAGCUGCAUCCCUCUGUACAUCUUAAAAUAUCUGCGAAAGAAAUUUUCACCAACAGUAUAUUCAAAGUUGACACCUUAG